AUACGAGCUCAAGCAAGCUACUGCAGCACUACUUGAUUUCAAGGAAAUAUCAAUAUUAGACCGCUAGUCGGCGGAUAGAGACAAAAUGCGUAUUUUAACGUAUUUACUGAUUGCCUGCCUUAUUAUGGGCCUAAUCACGGCAAAAAAGCACAAGAAAUCGCACAAGAAAGCUAAACAGCAGAAAGUCGCAAAAGAGCAAGACGUUCAGCCUGCGCAACCGGACCAAGAGAACAAGGAAGACCAAGACGCUGCAGCCCCAGCUCCAGCCCCAGCCCCAGCCCCAGCCCCUGACGCACAGCCCCCACCAGCCCCUGCACCUGCAGCACCAGCUCCAGAUGCACCACCACCCCCAGGACCUCCACCAGCUAUUCCACCCCCAGCACCAUUCCCACCUGCACCAGUUCCAAUUCCAGGAGUACCACCUCCUGUUUUCCCACCCCCUGGCCCCCUCCCACCACCUGCACCACUCCCAGUAGAUGGUAAAUACGAUGAUGGAAAGAUGGACAUGGCUGCCUCUGGAUCUGGACUUCCACCACCAGUUUACGCAGCACCAUUACUUGUUCCUCCUCCGGUCUACCCACCUGCACCAUUCCCUCCAGUUGGACCACCACCACCAGUCCCACCUCCACAGGUACCACCACCACCCCCAGGUGCACCUCCACCAGAUGCACCACCUCCACCACCAGGACCUGCUCCACCACCACCAGCUGAUGGCGGUGCACCACCCCCAGCUGGCGGAGCCCCACCACCACAACCAGACCAGGACAACAACGAUGAUGACGAAGACAACAAAGAUGACGAUGAUGAUGAACAAAAACAACCACAGCAGCCACAAGACCAACAGGAUCAACAACAACCACCAGCACAGCAAAAGCAAAAGCAGUACAAGGAUGAUGAAGACGAUGAAGAAGUAGAGGCAGCCAGAUACGACAAUGAUGAUGAGGAUGAUGACAAAACUGUCCAAGUUAAGGCCAAGAAACCAAAGAAGGCCAAAAAGAACAAGAAAGUCCAGAAGAAGUCUAAAUCAAACAAGAAGGACGGUCAGACACGUGGGACAGUCGUUAGCCACUCUAUUAACAGAAUAUCUCAAUCCCCUAAUGCUCCACAUCUCCAACAUGCAUUGUCUCAUACUUCUUCUCACUCUCAUAUCAAAUCAGGCAGGAGAAAGCGAAGAAGCCUCUCCGAUAUCCUUCUGAGAGCUGAGGAUGAGGACAGCAACCAGGCUGAAGAAGAACAACAGCAGGAUGCUGCUGCCCGUGAUGAAAUUGCUCCCCCAAAGGAGCAGGAAGAUUCUGAGGAUGAAGAGAAGGAGGAAGAGGGUGGCAGCCGCAAGGAUGGUGGUGAAGCAGAUGAUGAAGAUGCAGAAGAAGAAGACGAGGAUGAGGAAGAAGAUGACGAGGAUGAUGACAAAAAGAAGAAGAAGGAAACCAAAAUCAUUAAGAUUAUAAAGGAAGUGCCAGUUCCAGCUGGUCCCCCUCCACCAGCACCACCCCCAUACCCAUACCCACCACCACCAGAGGCACCAACACCACCACCACCCCCACCAUAUGAUCCAUAUGCAACACCACCACCCCCACCUCCACCUCCACCACCCCCUCCACCACCACCACCACCUCCACCACCACCACCACCUCCCCCUCCAUACAAAAAGAAGGCAAGCAAGAAAUCCAGCAAGGGACACAAGACCAGCAAAUUGCACCGCCUUUCUCGUCAUGGAAAGAAACACAGAAACUAGAUUUGCUGUUGGAGAUUGAAAAUGGACACAGUUCGAAUCUGACAUUGCUCAAGUUAUCAAUAUAAAAAUUUACUGCUAAAAAGACAAAAUUUACCUUUUGUUUUCAUAUGUAAACAACCAACAGUCCCACUGCUAUGUAGCCAAUUAGCUGAUAUAGAAAAUCAUUGUUAACCUAGGGAAAAUUGAAACAAUUAAUAAGGGCCUUAAAGCAGUUAUAAAACAUCCUAUACUGUCUAUUAAAGCAAAUAUUUUAAAUUUCUAAAAAAAGAAAACAAUUCUAAGAUGAUUUCAUUAAGCAAUCAAAAGUAGAAAUGAAAAAAAUCAAUUAAAAACAUUGAAAUGAAGGUUUUGAAUAUUCAUGUGUGGAAGCAAAAUAAAGUCUACAACAUUGGUAUCCUAGAUCAAAGGCAGGCUAAAUUGAUUGCUUAGUAGGCUCAUAAAAAGAAAAUAGCUAUAUUGUGGAAGUAAAUAUCUACAACAUUGUACAAACAGUGUAAAAUAUGCUUAGAUUGCUUUAGAAAAUUAGAAAGCUCUCUUUAAAAGUGAUUUUUGAUUUAACUAAAUGAAUAAAACAA